UAACGUUUCUAAUUUUAAAGUCUUAUUUGUUAUUUUGAUAUUGUUGCGCAAGUAAUAAGUAACAAAAAAAAUUACGUGAGUUGUUACUGUACAUCCUUUGUUACGGGUUUGUUAUGUAAGGUCAGUUACAUUAUAAAUAAUUUAAAACUAAAGAAUAAUUAAAAUUAAUUCACAUUAUUUUUAAUAUCACCUUAGUUUUAAAGUAUUUAUAAUGUAACUGACCUGACCUAAUCGACCAUUUUAGUUUACUGUUCACCCUCUGUCCGGGUUUGUUUGGUCAGGUCAGUUACAUUAUAAAUAUUUUAAAACUAAACAGCCAUUAAAAUUAAUUCACAAAAUAGUUUUUAAUGUCGGCUUAGUUUGAAAGUAUUAAUAAUGUAACUGACCUGACCUAAUCAACCAUUUUAUUAAUUACGCAUUCACGAUUCACGUAUUCACGAACACGGCAAAAUAACAAAAAUGGCGCCGCUCGAAUGGUUCCACAGGUCCUGUAUUGCAACAUUAAAAAAUUCGAUAUCUCCUAAAGUAUUCGGAAUUUCUUAUCUCCGCUGUUUUUAAUGAAAAGAGGAAGUUGAAGAGCAUAUGAUAAAGCCAUCAGCUCCUGGGUUUCAGCCAUCAACCCCUGGAUUCCCACAGCAGGUUCCAGGCUUCCACCCACAGGCUCCAGAACCUCAGGCGCCCGCGUACCACCCCCAGGCCUCCGGCUACUACCCUCAGGACCCUGUGUCUCCCCCAGCGUACAAGCCGAUGACCCCUGGGUACCAACCCUAUCCAUCGCCCCAGUCAACGGACAUGACUGCUGUGCUUGUCAACCCACUCGACACGAUCGUCCGGCCGGAGAGUGACAUGUUCGGGCCGUCAUUCGGCGACAAGUCGGUCCGGGCUGGAUUCGUGCGCAAGGUCUACGCGAUCCUCUUCAUCCAGCUGCUUGUUACCAUAGGCAUCAUCGCGCUCUUCAUCUUCCAUGAAGGCAUCAAGUACCAGGUGACUCACAGCAUGCCAAUGUAUCUGUCUGCUUAUGUUAUUUUUUUGGUGACGUACUUCACAUUGUCGUGUUGCACUUCAAUCCGCCGGCAACAUCCACACAACAUCAUUCUUCUUGUUGUUUUUACGCUGGCUAUGGCCUACAUGGCAGGAGUCAUCUCUGCUGCCUACAACGUGGUUGAUGUGUUCAUGGCCAUGGGCAUCACGGCCGCAGUGUGUCUCGGCAUAUCGCUGUUCGCCAUCCAGACCAAGUGGGACGUUACAGCAUAUGGCAUUUACUUAUUCGUUGCGUCUUGGGUUAUCCUGAUAUUCGGCAUCAUCUCCAUCUUCGUGGCCAUAUACGCUCAGAGCAUGAUCAUGAACCUGGUUUACUCUGGCCUGGUUGCACUGCUAUUCUCAAUGUAUUUGGUUUACGAUACACAGCAGAUUGUUGGUGGGCGUAAAAUCGAGCUUUCGCCUGAGGAGUACAUCUACGGAGCCCUUCAACUGUACGUGGACAUGAUGCAGAUAUUCUUGGCUCUAUUGCGCCUCGUGGGGCGCAAGUAAACAAAGAGCGACGUGCCACAAAUGUGUGUGUGUCUAGUUGGCAUUUACGUGAGCAGUCGUUUAAGGAAAGUUUUUCGUUUUAUUCUCCCAAUACUUCUGUGUUGAGAUGUUUAAAACCAGAGGCUGUUUAUUCAAUGAAUCAUUUUAUAAGAUUGGUUAUGCUUAUGCCUUAAGUAUAAAGAUACUGGUUGCUUGUCAGUUGUAAAUAUCUUUAAAAUGUAUUCUGUAAAACACACUUCUAUUUUGUGUGGAAUGUGUUAAGGGGUGGUAACACACUGCCUGCUGGAUGAGUCUGUAAAUAUUUUUGUGAUGUUUUAGAAAAUGCAAAUGGAAAUGAUUUUUUUAUUUACAUGAAUUUACACAGUAUUUUCAGCCCUUAUUAGUAGUAUUACUAAAAAAAAUUGUGAUUGAAAUUUGUACAUUCUGCAAUGCAAAAUAUGUUCACAAACCAAAAACUUAAAAUAUCUGCAAACUCUUUAUUAAAGUACCAUGGAGCGAAAAGAAAAUUGUUACAGGUGUGACAAAAUAUACCUUUCUUUUUGAACAACAGUGCAUUUAACUGGAAAUCUCUGUUAAUAAAAUGAUAAAAAAGUAAUUGAAAUUCUUAAAAAAUAACUUUAGUGUAUUCCAAUGAUUAAAGUUAUCUGAAAAUGAACUAUAAGCAAGUUCAACUAAUUUUUUUAUAUUUUUUUUAAAACUUUUAACGUGUUAUGGUUGUGACAUAAAAUUUUAAUGACGAUAAAUUUCUAAAAUUAUUUAUUCAUUUAAAAUCUAAAAAAAAACUAUUUUAACCAUCCUUUAAACUAAAAAGAAAUUACACUAGAGUCCCGUUAUAGCGAGGUGUCACGGUUCCGGGUUUGAUCCUCGCUAUAACCGUGUCCUCGUUAUAACCGAAUUGGACAAAUUUUAGGCCCCAAAAAAUAAAAAUUAACCGAAAAUAGCAUUAAUAUUGUGUUUAAACCUGUAUAAUUGGAAAAUAACAGGUUAUAUUAACGAAAUCUUAAUUUUUGUGAGUAGAUGUGUGAAUUCUCUUUAAAACGAUACCCCAUAAGUACGGAUGCGAUCACCGAUUGCGUCAAAAUAACCAGAAUGGAAUACCCUACCACGCCACGUAAGUAUAGCAUCUCAGCCCGCGGCCGACGCAGCAUUGUCCAGCUAUCUAUUGUCGACGCGGGCUGUCUGCUGGCGGCCAUGUUGGUUCGGGAUGUAGUAAACAGGUGGUGCUAGUGUAGCGCGACAAUUUAAUUCCUUACAAAAAAGCAGGAGUGCGGCAACGCUGGAAAACUAUACUUUUUUCAUUUAAAGAAACCUGUCAACUUUUUAAGAAAAUAAAUUAGUGAUUAAACUCAAACCAUCACCACCCCUUUCCCGGACAGAUACCCCAACAACUGACCGAAACAAAAGUUACAAGAAAACUGUCCUAGCGAUUCGGAAAUAAAUACGGUAGUGCCUACUAGAGGUGUAAAAGUAACGAAAAAUUGCGUACCCGUAUGUAUUCGUUACUAUAACAAUUAGUACUCGUUACUAUCGUUACGUUACUCGUUACUUCUGAUACCGCAUAACAUGCUAUGUUAUGUUGCAGCAACGAAUCCAGUCGUAUUGCGUACGCGUACAGUAUGACGUCGCGUAAAUAAUAAUAAAUAGAAUAUAAACAAUUAACAAUAUUUGAUAAUUAAUAGUUUUUGUUAACCAAGAAACAAUUAAAUCUCAUUAGAGCGGCUUUUUAAUAUUAUCUCUUUUAAGAUAACAAAAAAAACGUGAAAAUACGCGAUUAUAAAAACAAAAACAUACAUAAACUUGGACGACGAAUUUCCAAAUUAUACUUUACUUAAUAAACAAACCUCGUUCUUUGUAACGUAAAUUCAUCUAAUAUGCGCGCGCAUGCGUAAAACAUACGAAAAAUGCGAGUAACGAGAUGCAUUCGUGUGUAACGUUUCGUUACUCGUUACUAGAUGGCGCACCCGUUACUCAGUACCGAAUACAUACGGUUUGCUACAGCUCUAGUGCCGAUGGAAGUUUGAUAAAAGAAAGAAAGGACGGGAUUCUAUUUUUAAAGCCACGCACUUACGUGGCGACUUCAAGGCUGAAGAAUGUGACAGGCGUCAACGGCAAGAUGUCUAGUGGCGAGCGAAAGGGGUGGAGAUAAAGCAGACAAAUAACAAAAGCGCGCUUCAAGCGAUCACGCCGUAAAUUCCUCAAAAAUACCUCGUUAUAGCCGUGUUCUCGCUAUUACCGUGCUCGCUAUAACGAGAUUCUACUGUAUUUAAAUGUAAACUGUCCACGGUUAUUGACACGUUUGGGAGGUUCACAUUUAUUCACAAUAACAGAAAUGUCCUCAUUUGAAAUGUCAUUUUUUUUUUGUCCAGAUCCACAUCUUCCCACUUGGAUGCAUGUUUUUUAAAACUACUUUAUUAGUUUCAAUGUCAAUACUAAGCACUUCAGCAAAAUAGUCUUUCUGGCAAGUGCUUUUGAUCCCAAAACCCAUUACAUGAAGUUGCACAAAUACAAAGUCACCAACUUCAAUACUGCCUGUGCCCUCUAUGCUGACUGAUACAGAUGGGCCUGGUUGUGGAGCAUUACUAACUUCACACUCAUUAGAUACAUUUUUCAGGUUUACAACCAAACUGUUUUCACCACGAGACGUUAUAGCAACUCUAACGCCUUCAGUCACAGGUUGGAAGCUGUGAAGUUUUUGGAGCCUUGGAACCGGAUCAACAUUAACCCAUCUUGAGGACAUAGUUUCAUACACUGAAAUAAUCUGGCUGAUGUGAAGAGGUAUCCCCUUUAAGGCAUUCCUAGCACAGUUAAAAAAGUCUUCUGCACACUGUACAACACAGACGUGACUUGACUAAACGCCAUGAAGACUGUACGUUUCACUGUCCCUCCUACACCGUCUACACACCCUUUGCCAUGAGAUGUAGUAAAGAAGUUCCAAAUGCAAUCAACACCAAAAUCUUGCCGAAAAUAUGUCAAAGACAGAAUUAUGUAACGGUUCUUAAAUUGACCUGCACUUCCAUCCAAAAAUAUAUGAACCCGUGCAAGGCUGGGAAAUUCUUCUUUCAAGACAGUGAGCAAUUUCUUUAAGAAUACGCAGACACUGUAUUUGUUGUGGUUCAAGUCAUCACUGACUAUUACAAAACUACAUCUGCAGACACCAACCCAAGCAACUGCUGUGAAUAGUGAUACUUGUUGUUUGUGCCAAUGUGUACUUUGUAUUUCAUCUUGAAACCCUGCUGUAUAGUUUUCAAUUGGACCUGCCUGGGGAACAGCCAUAUAGGAUAGGUACGAAGAAAAACACGAAUGAACCCAGUGAAUUUUAGAGUUGCCAAUGCAAGAAUUUUUGUAUGUAAAUACUAGAUUUCUUCCAAUAUUUUUCUUUAAUUUUAAAAAUUUAACUGUAUUUGAGUGUUUGAAGAUUAAACUGGCUUAUCACUCGUAUUCAAAUCUUUAGUUAUUAUAUUUUAAUUUUUUUUGACAUGAUAUUUAUUAUAUCUAACAGCUAAGUACCUGAGAUAUAAACGAAAUACUGUUAUUUCAAUUAAGUUCGGCUGCUCUGAACUAGCAUGAAAUCAAAAUGUAAUGUAAGUUCUGUGAAAAAGCAACAAACUGUGCUCAAAACCUCUGAAAUAAAAUUAUUUUUGUCUUUCAUUGGUUAUUUAUUAGGUAUUAUUAUAAUUUACUUUAUUUACAAGCAGUUAGUACUUUAUACAAUUGUAGUUGACAUAAGUACAAACAAAUAAUAGGUACGUUAGGCUAGAGAAUAAUUCCAGACAGCUCUAAAAAAAUUUUAUUACAAACUUGACAAUACACCAGUCCAAUAGAUGGCAGAAGAUGUGUGCUGUAUUGACAUUGUAAAAUUUGUUUACAGUUAAUGAUACCGUUAUCACAAUAAAAAAAUUUAUUUUCUCUUGUAGUGUGGGCCAAACAUCUUACGAGAUGAGCCACAUAGUUCAAUGGAAACACUUUGCUCAUAACAGACUAAUGUUUGUUACCAGAUAAUAUAGUAAAUAAUUUAUUCAUUUGUAAAAUAUUAUUGUAGUGAUAACACCUUGCCGCCAUAGAUUACUUGCCAUAUUCUUGCAUUUGUUGACAGCUGUCCGGUGUUAAGUCUCUAGCGUAAUUGGUACGAAGUUAUCUGUGACCGGUAUUGUGCCGAUAUUUAGAAUUUAGGGAUAAAGCAACAUUAGCUGUUUAAAAUUAUACACCCUUACUCUUAAUGGUAUGGUGAGUUUAUUAUUGUCUCAACUUUAUGCUAAAGUUAAAUACUCUUACCCUUAGUGGUAUCAUAUAUUUUGGUAGUUUAUUAUUGUCUCGACAUUACGCUUAAUUGGAUGUCUUACUUCCUUAUAAAAUGUUCCUUCAAUUAUUUUUAAUUUAUAUUUACAUAAUUUCAGCAUAGUACUUAAGUUGCUAUAUUCCAAAUAGAUGUACACAUGUGAUUGUGCGUGAAUUUAAAGUGAGGCUUGCUUUGUGGGUAAUUGCAGGUGUCGACAUGUUAUGAAAAGUUACAAAAUAAACACUAAUGUGCUGGAAUCCAUGAAAUUUAAAUUUCCAGCAGUGUUACAUUAGUUUUCUGAUGCCUCACUUCAGUAUAUAAUUGCACAACUAUAUGUAGUUGCAGACUGCUAAAAUCAUAUAGAAAUUAUCUGUGAAAUUUUUUUAGCUGUCUAACAAAAAUUGGUACAUUUCUGUGAAUAAUGGGCUUAUUUUUAAUUACUUUUGCUAAUUUCUCAUUUUUUCUUUUUUAUACAGCAAAAAAAAAAUCACCCUUCGUCACAGUUGUAAGAAUAUUUCAUCUAAAGGUUCUGAAAAUGGUCUGCUGAGUAUUCGUAAACAUCCUGUAUUAUUCAAAACAUUCUGUUGGCAUCACUGGGGCAGUGUUGCAAUAAUGCCUAGAAGCAGUGCCUUGAAAACAAGAAUGCAUGUUCUAGUUUUAAUUAAUUGUUGGUUUUUACAAAAUGACAAACUUUUACAUUGUUAUGGUAAAUCUUUUAAAUCUGGUUGGUUUAUUGAUGUAAUUGUUAAUGUGUAUUAUAUUAGCAUGUCUUUACACAGUAAAUCAAACUACUUAUUAUACAUACUUGAUAUUUUGUAGUGUAGAUUUGUGUAGGUUCAUAGAAUUUAUAAGUUGAAAGCUGUAGUGCAGAAAUGUGUGGUUAAGUUUUUUACAUUCUAUACUAAAUAAAAUUGUAUAUUGAAUAUGUUGAUGUAUUUUGUAUAAUCAAUAAAAUUCAUGUAACAGUA